GUCAGCGAUGGCAGGAGUUGGAGAUGUGCGAAUACAGGAGAGUUUAAGAGUUAAAAUAGGUGAAGCUAAAAAACUACCAACCAGUUCAGUGUCCGGAGGGAAUCGAAGUACUUACUGUGUGUUAAAACUUGACAAUGAAAACAUUUUCAAAACUUCUGUGGUAGAGAAAUCCUCCAGUCCAUUUUAUGGGGAAGAGUUCCAAGGAGAAAUUCCCCGGAAGUUCCGAUUCCUGUCAUGCUACGUUUACGAGGCUGGCCACAGAAAUGAAAAGGUUCUGGGUAAAGUGACACUUAGGAAGGAAGAACUGUACAAAUACCAUGGCAAAGAUCACUGGUUUCCUCUCUCACCUGCUCUGGAGGCCAACAACGAGAUUCAGGGUAAAGUACACAUUGAGAUUAGUUUUGAUGAAUUCCUCAAUACAGACCCAGAGAGCUCUACAUCUCACAGGAUGGCCGUCAGAGUUGUGGAGUGCAGUGACCUGACAGUAACCAAUGGGGCUUGUAACCCCUACGCACUGGUCACCGUCUCCUACGGAAAGUCCCGCGCCAAAGAAGAUGUCAAGAGAACAUGCGUCAAGAAGAAAACGAUAUGUCCCCAGUACGAUGAGAAGUUCUUCUUUGAUUUGGAAAACAGAGGGCAGAACCAGGACAGGAAUCAGUACGUCAUAGAUGAUGUUUUCAGCGGAGAAAUGAGUAUAUCGUUAUGGCACGAUGACUCACGGGUGUCUCGGGAAGUGUUAGGGGGAAUGUUCCGCGGCGUGUUUUUAGGGGAAGUCAAAAUACCGCUCAGGGACUUGGACAUCAGACAUCGGCACAAUGCAUGGUAUUUCUUACAGUCUCGAGAUGGGUCCAAACACACUAAUCAGGAAUUGGGAUCAAUUCGUCUCAAAAUCUCCUACACUGCCGACCACGUCUUUUCAUCUCAUUACUAUGAAGACUUGCGUAACCUUCUUCUCAAAUCACCAAAUGUUCAGCCAAUCACAUCCAGCGCAGCUUGUAUAUUAAGCGAGGUUGUGGAGAAUCUAGAAGAUGCAGCUCAGCCAAUCAUGAGGAUUUUCCUACAGAAUGGGAAAAUGGUGCCACUGGUGAAGGCCCUGGCAGAGUGGGAGAUCUCCAAAACCUCAGACCCAAACACGCUGUUCCGUGGGAACACCCUAGCCAGUAAGCUGGUGGACUCCCUGAUGAAGUUAGUGGGGAUCCCCUACCUGCACGACACCAUCAAGGGUGUCAUUGACCUCAUAAGGUCAGAGCAGAAAUCCUGUGAGAUAGAUCCAAGUCGUUUGAAAGAAGACGAGAAGUUAGAGGAAAAUAUGGCGACAUUGAAGGACUAUGUAGAGAAGAUGUACAAGUCCAUCACGGAUUCAGGUCUUGUCUGUCCCACCAUUGUCUGUGAGAUUUUCUUUGCUGUGAAGGAUGCAGCCAUGAAACAUUACCCAGAGAGCACCGAAGUGAGAUACCAAGUCGUCAGUGGCUUUAUUUUUCUCAGGUUUUUUGCCCCAGCCAUUCUCGGACCACGUCUCUUUGAACUGACCAAUGAAGUGCUUAGUCCCACAUUACACAGAACUCUAACGCUGGUAUCCAAGGCGAUCCAGAGCAUGGGCAAUCUAGUCAGCUCCAAAACCCUGUCAUUAGGUAUUAAAGAAGAAUUCAUGGUUCCAUUGUUUCAACACUUCUCAGACGACAAACACACAGAUGGUGUCAAACGGUUCCUAGACAUCAUCUCCUCCGCUCGACAAGCUCACUCUAUAAAGAUAGAGGCACCUAUAGUUCUCAAGGAGGGAUGGAUGAUAAAAAGGGCACAAGGAAGGAAGAAAUUUGGGCUGAAAAAUUUCAAAAGACGAUAUUUCUGUCUGACGAAUCACAGCUUAAAUUAUGCCAGAAACAAAGGCGAAGGACCAUUGUGUGAAAUCCCCAUUGAGGACAUCCUGGCAGUGGAGAAACUGGAGGAGGAAUCCUUCGAGAAGAAAUGUAUGUUUCAAGUGGUCCAGUCUCAGAGAGCAUUGUACAUUCAGGCCAGCAACUGUGUGGAGGAAGCCCAGUGGGUUGACAUCCUGACCAAAAUCUGCACAUCAAACAAGAACCGCUUAAAGGAGUACCACCCAGCUGCCUUCAUCAAUGGACAUUGGUUGUGUUGUAAAUCGUUUGAUCCAAGUGCUAAGGGCUGUACACCUGUGACAGGAGGCUUGUCUGUGGGCGAAAUCAAAAAGGACAUUGACAUCGACCGAGAAAUUGAGAAAAUUCACUCUUUGUUUUUAACAAACAGAGAAAAGUUGGAAGCUUUACAAGCUUACCUGUGUGAGAUUCAUGAUGCCUGUGCAAGUCAGGAAGUGUACAGCGGAGACACUGAACCAAUGCCAUUGGUCCAUAUUGACGACACCAAAACGUGUUUUGAGACGCUGAAUGAAAUCCUGAAAUGUGUGAUCAGCCUUGAGCAAGAACACAUGCAGUACAAGAAGAUGGUGCAGAAACAGACUGUGAUUGGAUCAGAGGAAACCCCUAUCAGUGAGGACAACUAUCAGAAGUAUCUCAGUACCAUGGCAACAGCCCGGUAAUCAAUUCAUCUGAUCGUCAUCAUAACAACCAAGACCAACGAGCAGCAGAACGGUGCUAUCAACAAAGUUUACAAAGUAGCUAGACUUCUAUUCUUGUUUUUUGAGAAAUAUUGUUAGACAUAAUUUACAAACUACUGCAUUGGCUACAUUUAUGCUUUUUCUGCUUUUUCAUUGGUUAAAAAUGAAUUCAUGUAGUUGUGUGUUGAACAAACUAAGGACAUAAUACAAUUAUGCUAUAGCUUGUUAUGUUUUGUGCAAUUUGUAAGGUUUGUGCUGAUUGGCGAGUGGCAUAUGUUUGUUGCUGUUGAACUGUGUAUAAGGUAGAGAUUUAUUGUUAAACGUUGCCUUGUUCCAUUGUCUAUAUUGACAGUGUAUACAUGUAUAUAAUUUGUUUUAACAUGUCUCAUUUUGAUUUUGUACAAUGUUUGUACAUAUAUAUAUAUAUCUGUGAAGACCUAGCACAUGAACAAAGACUGUUUUAGUUUUGUAAGGUAAUGAUGUUUUUAAAUAUGAACUUCACACAACAUUAAUAUUACUUUUGCACUUUUCAUUGUUGCUGAGCAACCAAAGAUGAAAUGUUGUGCGGACUGCAUUGAGCAGAAAUGUAGAACAGUUGAAUAACUUUGUGAUGUAGUUGGAUUGUUCUCCAUGUAGAGGAGUUUCAAAGCAUUUUCAUCUUUUGUAUUUUCACAUCACAUCCGGUUGACCUUUAGAACUGUUAUUGGUAUAUAAUAAUAGUACAAGCCUGACUGAACAGUUCACUGAACAGGGCAUCUCCGAGUAUCCUGCCAGUAGCCACCUAGUAGUUUGUUUAUGGAUUGGGUGAGGAUUGUGAAAUAUUUAGAGUGGAUCAAACAGUUUAUGUUUGGGUGGAUAGGAUCACAGCUCAUGUUUGGGUGGAUAGGAUCACAACUCAUCUUUGGGUGGAUAGGAUCACAGCUCAUGUUUGGGUGGAUAGGAUCACAGCUCAUGUUUGGGUGGAUUGAAUCACAGUUUAUGUUUGGGUGGAUAGAAUCACAGCUCAUGUUUGGGUGGAUAGGAUCACAGCUCAUGUUUGGGUGGAUUGAAUCACAGUUUAUGUUUGGGU